UCAGCCACUGAGCCACCCAGGGACCCCUCCCCUCUGCAGUUCUGUGACCAGUGUACUGACGUGUUUGGCCUGUGCCACAUUUUGGGACCUGUUGGAGCUCCAGCAGGGACGUUGGAGCAGUAGUGGCUGAUGGUACUGAUGCAUGUGAACCUCACACCACACCUCUGUAGUAGUUGUUCUGGUCGUGUGUCGCUGCAGCACUAACGCUCUUCCCUCCGUGUCUGGCUUGGAGCCCCUGCCGAAUCAGUUCAGUGUUCCUUUUACAGACACCCUCGAUUUCCUUGCUCCUCUCUGUGAUUUCAACCUGAAAACGCCCUGCACUUUUCAAACGUUUAUAUAGGAUUUGUCCUAAUACUGAUCCCUGUGGCGGCGAAGACCAUAGACACUUCAGUUCUCCGGCCAACCAAGGCCUUGUCCACCCUGGGCUGAGCGGUGUGGGAGGAAGUGGUGUUUGCAGGAGGGCGGACUACUGGAGGAGGGAGAAGAUGUGAACGACGAGGACAAGAGUGAGAUUUUAAAGAAGGUUCAGGAAGAAAAUUCUGAUGGAAAGAUUCAUGAAUGAAAAGAAAUUGGAAAGAGGCUAGGAAAACUGGAGGAAGCCCCCACUCUAGUUUUGGAAGAAUGCUUACUACAGGAGCGACCGGGAAAUCACCUUCUAGAAGUAAUGCCCACAGAAAGCGGGAGUUGCUCCACGGCUCGCCAAGCAAAACAGAAACGCAAAUCUCACAGCCUUUCCAUACGAAGGACCAACAGCUCGGAGCAGGACAGGACGGGUCUGCCGAGAGACAUGCUCGAAGGACAGGAUUCUAAGCUGCCUUCCUCGGUUCGCAGUACACUUCUGGAACUAUUUGGUCAAAUAGAGAGAGAGUUUGAAAACCUUUAUAUUGAGAACUUAGAACUGCGUAGGGAAAUCGAGACUCUUAAUGAACGUUUAGCCGUUGAAGGACAAGCGGUCGACGGGGCGGAACUGAGCAAGGGCCAGCUCAAGACGAAAGCGAGCCACAGCACCAGCCAGCUGUCGCAGAAGCUGAAGACCACGUACAAGGCCUCCACCAGCAAGAUUGUCUCCAGCUUCAAGACCACCACGUCGAGGGCCGUGUGCCAGCUCGUGAAAGAAUACAUUGGCCACAGGGAUGGCAUCUGGGACGUCAGCGUGGCAAGGACACAGCCCGUGGUGCUGGGCACCGCGUCUGCCGAUCACACGGCUCUGCUGUGGAGCAUAGAGACAGGGAGGUGCCUCGUCAAGUACUCAGGCCACGUGGGGUCAGUAAAUUCUAUAAAGUUUCAUCCAUCAGAGCAGUUGGCUCUUACUGCCUCUGGAGACCAGACUGCCCACAUCUGGAGUUACGCUGUACAGCUGCCGACACCCCAGCCCGUUGCCGACACUACUCAGCAGGUCUGUGGCGAAGACGAAGUGGAGUGCUCUGAUAAAGACGAGCCGGACGUGGACGCGGACGUGUCCAGUGACUGUCCUACCAUCCGAGUGCCGCUGACGUCUCUUAAGAGCCACCAGGGAGUGGUCAUAGCCGCUGACUGGCUGGUUGGGGGGAAGCAGGCGGUGACGGCCUCCUGGGACAGAACGGCCAACCUGUUCGACGUGGAGACGGCGGAGCUUGUUCACGCUCUGACAGGGCAUGACCAGGAGCUAACGCAUUGUUGCACACACCCCACCCAGCGGCUUGUGGUGACCUCCUCCCGGGACACGACUUUCCGUCUUUGGGAUUUCAGGGACCCUUCAAUCCACUCCGUGAAUGUCUUCCAGGGCCAUACGGACACUGUGACCUCCGCCGUGUUCACCGUGGGAGAUAACGUCGUUUCGGGCAGUGAUGACCGCACCGUGAAGGUCUGGGAUUUGAGGAAUAUGAGGUCUCCCAUUGCGACAAUUCGCACAGACUCUGCUAUCAACAGGAUCAAUGUGUGCGUCGGCCAAAAAAUCAUCGCCCUGCCGCACGACAACCGGCAAGUGAGACUGUUCGACCUGUCAGGGGUGAGGCUGGCGCGGCUCCCCCGCAGCAGCCGGCAGGGCCACAGGAGAAUGGUGUGCUGCUCGGCGUGGAGCGAGGAUCACCCCACGUGCAAUCUGUUCACCUGCGGGUUUGACAGGCAAGCCAUCGGCUGGAACAUCAACAUCCCUGCGCUGUUGCAAGAGAAAUAAGGUCGCCGGCGUCCUUAGCGGCGCCGUUCCCCGUGGACCUGUGGACUGGUGCCGCUUUUCUCAUACUCGCCGAGCCCUUUUUGUGAGAGUUGCACCCCGGAAAGGGUGGUUUGUGUGUUCUUUUCUCAUUGUAUCGAGCUUGCAUGAAAUGUACAGCAAAAUGUGUGGUCCCAUGUCUUAUUUUCGUCCUGUGUGUGUGUUGGCACCCUCUGGUCCGUGGACAUGAAGCCCCCUUCCCUGUAGCACGUCGUGUGUGGUGAGUUCCUGGCGUCUGAUGGAUGACCCGAGGGCAUUACGUUUGUGUGAGUUCAGUGUGAACCUGGGGACUUAUUGGGAGGCGGAAGCAGCCUGUGGCGUUGCUGGAGUCGUCAUACGGAUCUGCCUCGUACCGGGAAGGUCACGGAGCGACAUCGGCGUUGGCUGGCGAUCGGCAGGUGUGAUGGGAGAUUUCAUGUUUACCUCUGUCUGAGGGUUUAGCGUGUGCUGUGCUGUAUAACUCAGCUCAACUCUGUAUUCUGGCAUAGUUGUGUAAAAUCAACCUGGAAUUGAGAAGUUCACAAAAACAGAAUGCCGAUUUUGUAACAUUUGGAAAGUUUUUUUGAAAACAAAAAGUUUCUGCUCUUUUUAUAGAAAAUCAUUUCAAUCUCCUGAGGUCUCAUAUUAGCAAAUUCAAAAACAGGAUGAUUCUAAUCACUGAUUUCAGAUAUUAAGCAAAAUUUAAAGCACUUUAGUUUAUAGCUAUGGUUAUAAAUAGUUUUUAGAAGUUUCAAAUGACUUAUCCAGUGAAUGUGACUUGAGCUUUUAAAGAAGGCCCUGCCUACUACCUGAAAACAAAAUCUUAUUUAUUUUCUACACUUUGGUUUGCAUAUUUCUAAAUGGGUUCACUUCCUCAGUGGUGUUUGAGAGCCAACAAUGCAAAUAAAUGAGUACUACCUCAGAAUCACUGUAUUUGGGAAUGUGGGGUCUCACUGUUGCCCAGCUGCAGCACUUUCCACUUAGAGCUGGAAUGCCGCACUCAGUCCAGAGGGCAGGAAAGACAGUCCGAGCAGACGUAUCCUGAGGACGAAAGCUCUCCCGUUAGCCGGCAAGGCGGUAGCGGAAACCCCGUUGCACGGGGUACACGCUGCUCCUGUUCCGGCAGCCGGGGCCCCUCUCCGCGCCGGUCCUCCCGCUGCCUGGGCGAGCCUGUCACUCUUGCUGUCUUUGGAGUUACUGUGCUUUGGUGUUUGUGAGUUCAUGUUUCCUGCUCAGUGGCAGUUUUGAUCAAGAGCCAUCUCCGUGUACUGCCCUCCUCUUUCUAAUACUUCGAAUGUGUCCACUUGGAGAGGCACAGAGGGUAACGAUGACCAUGAUCACGGGUGUCCCCUGCCUCCUAGUGGUGGCCACGGUGGAGUGCCGUUUGGCGAGGGGUGGCGGCAGAGCGUGCGGGCCGCCCUCGGUCCUGCCUGAACCCGCCUCUCGAGGCUCCUUUGGCUCAGGUCCCGUGUGCGGUGGCUCAUCCGAGGUGCUUCAGCCCUGAAUUACCUGGAACGAUUCUGAAAUGACUUACGUCUGGAAGGGAAGAAGGGUCAGGGGAAAACCCGUCAGGACGUAGUUAGAGCUGAGGCUGCCGACUGCAGGACAGACGACCGGUGCUUCAGAAUGGCUUUCUUCCCAAAGCCUGGCACCUCUGCGCACCACUCCGGAGAACUUGGGCCGGAGCGUCCGCGGCCAGCCCCUGCCGACCCGAGCACACCAUGCCCCUGCCGGCAGAGCGCUGUUGACCUUGGGAUGCUAAGCUGUGCAUCCACAUUCUUGGGCUCCUGUUGUGUUUUAAUUUGAAUGUCUGGGUGUUUUAGAAUCGUCGUUAGGAACAUUGAAAAAUGUGUACAGACACAGUGAAAUCAAGCUUAAGAACCAGAUCUCUGCCAGACUAAAAAAUUUGGAGCUUUUAAUUCAAUAUAUCUGGUGGCUAUUCAGUUCUCCACGGACUAGUGCCCUCUGCGUCUGGCAGCUGCUCACCUUCUCGCUGGCAGGAGGGGCCGGCCGCCUCCCCCUCACCAGGCUCCACGGGGGCACGGGCCCCCUGCUGUUGGCAUGGGCUCUCAGGAGUAGGACGCCCUCCCGCCGACUGCCGUGUCGUCCUCGGACGCAGUUCCCUUCAGCUGCUGCUGGGGACUCGGUGGUGUUUUUAGGAGUCACGGAGAUUUGGGAUAGGGUGUGCACGUGGGUGCAUGAAUGCGUGUGUGUGGGUGUGAAUGUGUGAGUCUGUGCAUGUACGCACCUGUGUGGCUGAACUAAGUCAUGUGGUCGGCCACACCUGAUCUCAUCUGCAGUGUGUUUGGAAAUGAGAGUGGUUUUGUCCUGUGUGCUCACAUGUCCAGGAUUUCAUUUAAUAAAGGAAGGAAAUGUGUGGUUAUUGGAAAAUGUGUAUGGAUAGAGGAUUUCAUAAGAUCUAUAUUGUUGGGCAAAACAGCAUUCUUCCUCAGCCACUGCGCAUUGGUUGCUGGAGAGACAAAAAUUCUGUACAUAUUUUGGAAUUUGAAGAAUCCUAUUUACAUCAUUUGUUGCUUUUAAAUCUGUGAAAACCGAAUUUCUUUAAAGUAUGCAUUUAUAAGUGUUGUGUAGAAGCAAGUGUUUUUUUAUUGUGUUGAUGUAAUUGUUUUUAAGUGUUGACUGUCUUCAUUGCCAGUAUGAAAUUCAUUAAAAAUCCACGUUCUUUAA